CCGGCCAGCGGGGGAAGGGAGCAGAGAGGGGGAGAGCCGUCCUCGCCACUUGUCUUCCAGCUUCCGCGGCGGGAGGGACAGAACCCGAGCCGAAGCCGCGCGGAGUCCCCCGCCCCGGGCCCCGCCGCCGCGCCCCCCGCCCGCCCACCUCCGCGCCCGGACGCUCUCACCGCCGACCCUCCCCGCGCCGCACCCGAGACACCUACCUAAUUUCUAGGGAAGAAAAAUCUACCUCUAAACGCACCCAGUUCUUCGCUUGAGGACCACCCUCCCUUUUCAGCUUUGGCCUCCCCGCCGGGUGAGUGGAAACCAUUUGCACAUCCUACAGAACCGGAGCCUAAGCCAGACGAUCCGGAGAAUUUGUACCGUGACCGGCAGGGGGGGCGGGAGGAGAGAGCGAAGUCAGGUCUCCGGGGCUGCUGGCGACUUCGGCAGCCGCGCGCCCCGCGCUCUCGGCCGACCCCGGCCGCUCGCCCCCGCCUCGCCGCCGCCCUCGCCCCCGGGCUCGCCCGCAGCCCUCGGCGGCCGCGCAAGAGUGCGGGAGACGCGGAGCCGGAGGAGGAGGCGCAGCCGCUGCCCCAGCCGCAGCCGCAGCCGCAGCCGCAGCCGGAGCCCGAGCCGCGGGGCGGGCGCGAAGAUGCACACGACCCAGAAGGACACGACGUACACCAAGAUCUUCGUCGGGGGGCUGCCCUAUCACACCACGGACGCCAGCCUGCGCAAGUACUUCGAGGUCUUCGGCGAGAUCGAGGAGGCGGUGGUCAUCACCGACCGGCAGACGGGCAAGUCCCGGGGCUAUGGAUUUGUCACCAUGGCUGACCGGGCUGCUGCCGAAAGAGCCUGCAAGGACCCCAACCCCAUCAUUGAUGGCCGGAAGGCCAAUGUGAAUCUGGCGUACUUGGGAGCAAAACCGAGGAUCAUGCAACCAGGUUUUGCCUUUGGUGUUCAACAGCUUCAUCCAGCCCUUAUACAAAGACCUUUUGGGAUACCUGCCCACUAUGUCUAUCCGCAGGCUUUUGUGCAGCCUGGAGUGGUCAUACCGCACGUGCAGCCGACCGCAGCGGCCGCCUCCACCGCACCUUACAUUGACUACACGGGAGCCGCGUACGCACAGUACUCGGCGGCCGCCGCUGCCGCCGCCGCCGCCGCCGCCUACGACCAGUACCCAUACGCAGCCUCCCCGGCUGCCGCGGGCUACGUCACGGCCGGGGGCUACGGCUACGCGGUGCAGCAGCCAAUCACCGCCGCCGCACCUGGGACCGCAGCCGCCGCCGCCGCCGCAGCUGCCGCCGCCGCUGCCUUUGGCCAGUAUCAGCCUCAGCAGCUGCAAACAGACCGGAUGCAAUAGGCCAGAACCUGAUCAAAGUCGAAUUGUUUCCUCUUUCCCUCCCGAUUUCCCAAUUUUCAGUAGUUAAUAAGAGUUAACAUUGACUUAACAGGUUAAAAAAAAAAAGCUAUGCUAUUGUGAAGCAGAAUUAUGAUUAUUUUUUUUAAUACUCCCGUAGUAGUUCUAGACGUGAAAGAGAUGAGAAUGAGGCGGGGGGUGGGGGGGAGUGGGCGCAGUUUUGGAAAUCAAUCCCAAAGAGCCUGAGUAAGUAAAAGGCCGCGACGAAACGGUGGCAGGAGGAACAAUGGAACUUCACUUUUAUAACGGGAUUUUUACUUUUGCUCUUUUUAUAGUAUCAGGGAAGCAAACUGCCUUUUACCAGUUAGAAAAUGCUAUUUGAAUCUAGUUGAACCAGGGAAUACAGAGUGAGCAAUAUGUAGCUUGAAUUACAUUUAAAAGCAGAUUUU